AUGGUAGAAUACACGCAAAUGAUUAUUUUUCUUGUUAUAUUUGUUGCUGUACCACUGCAAUUUCUUCUGUCACCAUCGGCAUCUGAUGUAAGAUAUCAUCUACAUAACUUAAAAAUUUCACUGUCUCAUUUCUUGGGAUUAUUUUCUCGUAAAGAAGAAACAUUGGACGAAUCUGUUAGUAUUUCAGAAAAUGAGGAGGAUACGAAAUAUUUUGCUAAAAUUUUGAAAUCUUUUUUGCAUUCAUUAAAUUCUAUAGCAUUUUCUACUGUAGCUUCUCUGGAGCCGCGAGAUCCUCGACCGCCGUUUGUGAAGUAUCGUAUUGGGGAUGUAAUUCGACAUAAAAUUCACGGUUACAGGGGUGUUAUAAUUGGUUGGGAUGAAAAAGCAACAGCGCCUCAAAGUUGGCUUGACAGAACUCAUAAAGGGCGAAAAGAUUGGUCAGAAAUGCCUAAUUAUUCAGUACUGAUUGAUACAAGAGAUAGACUUGUUCCUCAGUUAGCUUAUAUUGUUCAAGAUAAUAUUGAACUUGGAGAAGGAUCGAUAUUUCAUCCAUUAAUCAAGCAUUUUUUUGAAUCAUUCGAUGGGAAACAUUAUAUUCCACGGCCGUGGCGCAAGAAAGUUUAUCCAAAUGAUUAA